ACGGCAAAAACAUGUCAAUCGUCAACGGACUUGCAGACAUCGUGGUGGCUCGCAAGUAAACACACGUAGAAAAAAAUCCACACACAUUAUGGAUCGCCACCAAAUAGUGGUGUUCCUGGCGCUGUUCGUCAACGUCACCCUCGUUUGGUCAAAGGCAGUAGACUUGCAACAACAGCAAGUAGCCUUUCCAAAUGAUGAUGGGUCAUCAAACAAACGUGAGAAAAAGUCACUUGAAAACUAUGCACAACCCGGUCUGCAGCAACCGGCAGUAGCACAAAGUCGUAUUGGAGUGCCUGAUCAUAGUUAUGGAGGUGAUGAUCAUCAUGUUCAUCAUGAGCAUCAUGAACAUCAUGAACCAUUGAAAGGUUAUUGGAAAAAGAAACUCAUCUGGAAGCCUGAUUGGGUGAAGACAUGGAAGCCGGGUAAGAAGCAGAUCUGGAAGCCAUCAUGGAAAAAAAUCUACAAGCCAAUUUGGGUACCGACUAAGAAACAAGGAUGGAAAGAAGUUCACGUUCCCGUUUGGAAAAAGAUCUACAAACCAAUAUGGGUUCCGAUUUCUGUACCAGCAUGGAAAGAGAUACAAGUACCUGACUGGAAAAAAAUUUACAAGCCAGUGUGGGUACCAAUCGAUGUGCCGGCCUGGAAAGAAAUUAAAGUACCCGACUGGAAAAAAGUGUACAAGCCAGUGUGGAAGCAUAUUGAAGUGCCAGCAUGGAAAGAAGAACAAGUGCCGGACUGGCACAAGAUAUCAGUACCAGAAUUAGUGAAAGCGUAUGUACCUGGAUCUAAACAUCUCGGUAAGGAUUAUCACGGAUGGGAAUACGAAGCACAUGACUUGUGGAAGAAGAAGGUUGUAUGGAAGACACACUGGAAAAAAGUUUGGAAGACAGUGAAAAAGCAAAUCUGGGUGCCUUCCAAGAAACUUGAAUGGAAAGAAGAAUGGGUACAGAUCUGGAAACCAGCUAAGAAACAAAUUUGGGUAAAGGACAAGAAAUUAGCAUGGAAGGAAGAUUGGAAACAAAUUUGGCGCACUGAAAAGAAACAAAUUUGGGUCCAAGAUAAGAAACUUGAAUGGAAAGAAGACUGGAAACAAGAAUGGAAAACAGAAAAACACGAAAUCUGGAUUCCGGACAAAAAAUUGGAAUGGAAAGAAGACUGGAAACAAAUUUGGAUCCCAGACUGGAAAGAAAUUUGGCUUCCCGCAUGGAAGAAAAUUUGGAAGCCUGUAUGGAUAUCCGAAUGGUUCCCGAUAGAAGAACACCAUCAUCACCACGAGGAACAUCACGAUUCUCAUGACGGAUACAAGAAAAAAUGAAGACUGAAUUGUUUCGAAUAACUACACCAUCAACUAUCCAUGUUGUGUGUAUAUAAAUACUUUGUAAAUAUUGUUAUUAUUAUAUAUUAAGUUGUUGAAAUGUUUUUACUUCUUAUCUGUUAGUAUUAUAAACCAAAAUCAAUUUAUUUUUCUUGAA